CCACCCCCCACCUCAAUUUGUUUCUUUGAAUUCCCAGCUUCCAGGGCAGAGAUCAGAAACAAGCUCGGGGGCUCCUAGUACACGCCCCAAAGCAUCGAGAGUCUCCGAGAAAGGUUUCCCCAGGUUUCAUGAUGUUCCGAGUACUCGAGAGCAAGCGAAGUAGGCUAGGGAUCAUCCCUUUAAAACACCUUCAUCAUAAGGCUGUGCUGGCACUCAGGCGAGAGGAUGUAAAUGCAUGGGAGAGGAGGGCGCCUCUAGCCCCAAAGCACAUCAAAGGGAUCACCAAUUUGGGAUAUAAGGUGCUUGUCCAACCUUCGAAUCGGAGAGCUAUUCACGAUAAGGAAUAUGUUAAAGCUGGUGGCAUUCUUCAGGAAGAUAUUUCUGAGGCUUGCCUCAUUGUGGGAGUUAAGAGGCCUCCAGAAGAAAAAUUAAUGCCCAGGAAGACUUAUGCAUUCUUCUCUCACACAAUAAAAGCUCAAGAAGCAAAUAUGAGUUUGUUAGAUGAGAUACUAAGACAGGAGAUACGGCUUAUUGAUUAUGAGAAAAUGGUUGAUCAUAAAGGAACACGUGUGGUGGCCUUUGGGCAAUGGGCAGGUGUGGCAGGGAUGAUCAACAUUUUACAUGGAAUGGGCUUAAGGUUCCUUGCUCUAGGGCAUCACACACCUUUUAUGCAUAUUGGAAUGGCCCAUAACUACAGAAACAGCAGUCAGGCUGUGCAAGCCGUACGUGAUGCUGGCUAUGAAAUUUCCCUGGGAUUGAUGCCCAAGUCUAUAGGACCUUUAACAUUUGUGUUCACUGGCACUGGUAAUGUGUCUAAGGGUGCCCAGGAGAUCUUCAAUGAGCUCCCUUGUGAGUUUGUGGAGCCACAUGAAUUAAGAGAAGUUUCCCAAAGUGGAGAUCUCAGGAAAGUGUAUGGGACAGUGUUAAGUCGCCAUCAUCACCUUGUCAGGAAAAGAGAUGGGGUGUAUGACCCUGUAGAAUACGACAAACAUCCUCACCUCUAUACAUCUCGCUUUAACACUGAUAUUGCCCCAUACACUACUUGUUUAAUUAAUGGAAUCUACUGGGAACAAGACACUCCUCGCCUACUGAGUCGGCAAGAUGCUCAGAAGCUCCUUGCCCCAGUCAAAUCCUCAGUUGCAGCUGUUGAGGGUUGCCCUUCACUGCCCCACAAACUUCUGGCCAUUUGUGACAUUUCAGCGGACACUGGAGGGUCCAUAGAAUUCAUGACAGAGUGUACAACAAUAGAUAGUCCCUUUUGUAUGUAUGAUGCUGACCAGCAUAUUAUUCAUGACAGUGUUGAAGGCUCUGGGAUACUCAUGUGUUCCAUUGACAAUUUACCAGCCCAGCUCCCAAUUGAAGCUACAGAAUGCUUCGGAGAUAUGCUUUUUCCGUAUGUUGAAGAAAUGAUAUUAUCAGAUGCGACUCAGCCUCUUGAAAGUCAGAAUUUCUCUCCUGUUGUCCGAGAUGCAGUGAUUGCAUCAAAUGGAUCAUUGCCUGAAAAGUAUAAAUAUAUCCAGAAGCUACGGGAAAGCAGGGAGCGUGCACAGUUACUUUCAAUGGACAAUAGGAAGAAAGUGUUGCUACUUGGAACUGGCUAUGUGUCUGAGCCGCUACUAGAAUACCUUUCUAGAGAUGGCAGCAUUGAAAUAACAGUGGGCUCAGAUAUGAAGAAUCAGCUUGAGCAUUUGUCCAAGAAGUACAACAUUAACCCCGUUGUUUUAGACAUUGGCAAGCAAGAAGAGAGAUUGGCCAGCAUGGUAAAGAAACAAGACCUUGUGAUCAGCUUACUACCAUAUGUACUACAUCCUGUUGUGGCCAAAGCAUGUAUUGCAAGCAAAGUGAAUAUGGUCACUGCCAGCUACAUUACGCCAGCCAUGAAGGAGCUGGAGAAAAGUGUGAAUGAUGCUGGCAUCAUAAUAAUGGGAGAGUUGGGAUUGGACCCCGGCCUUGACCAUAUGUUGGCCAUGGAAACUAUUGAUAAAGCUAAAGAAGUAGGAGCCACGAUUGAAUCUUAUAUCUCCUUUUGUGGUGGCUUCCCAGCCCCAGAGCAUUCGGACAAUCCUUUGAGAUAUAAAUUCAGCUGGAGCCCCGUUGGAGUCUUAAUGAACAUACAGCAACCUGCUAAAUAUUUGCUCAAUGGAGAGGUAAUUGAAGCUGGUGGGUCAUCUUUUCUUGAUUAUGUUACCUCCAUGGACUAUUUCCCAGGAUUAAAUUUGGAAGGCUACCCCAAUAGAGAUAGUACCAAGUAUGCUGAUAUCUAUGAUAUUCAGUCUGCUCGUACUUUGUUGCGAGGGACUCUAAGAUAUAAGGGAUAUGCCAAAGCUGUGAGUGGAUUUGUAAAACUGGGCCUAAUAAAUAGAGAUGUACACCCUGCCCUGAGUCCUGAGGCCUCACCUAUCACCUGGAAAGAACUGCUCUGUGAAUUGCUUGGGAUUUCACCUUCCUCCACUCAUGAUGCACUGAAGGAAGCUGUCUACAAGAAACUGGAUGGGGAUGACAUGCAGCUGCAGGCAGUAGAAUGGUUUGGUUUGCUUGGAGAUGAACAAGUCCCUAAGGCAGGGUCUCUUGUGGAUGCCUUCUCUAAACAUUUGGUUAUGAAACUUUCCUAUGGUCCUGGAGAAAAAGAUAUGAUUGUAAUGAGAGACAGUUUUGGAAUACGGCAUCCCUCUGGUCAUUUAGAAAACAAAAACGUUGAUCUUGUGGUAUACGGUGAGGUCAAUGGAUUUUCAGCUAUGGCUAAGACUGUUGGUUUGCCAGCAGCCAUGGCUGCCAAGAUGAUCCUGGAUGGUGAAAUUAAGGCAAAAGGUCUAAUUGGACCCUUUACAAAGGACAUCUAUGGACCAAUACUGGAACGUAUCAAAGCAGAAGGCAUUAUAUAUACAACUCAAAGCACCUUUCAGCAGUGAUUGGAAAUAACCAUGCAAUUAUAUCUAUCAGAAAACACAACUCACCAAAGGGUUCCAAACUUUUGUGCCAUAACCACACAAUGUACUAUUUUCUGAUAUAAUGCACAAUGACAUAUUUUUUUUUUGUUUUUGCGGGGCCAUAGGGGUUAAGUGACUUGCCCAGGGUCACACAGCUAGUAAGUGUCAAGUGUCUGAGGCCAGAUUUGAACUCAGGUCCUCCUGAAUCCAGGGCCGGUGCUUUAUCCACUUCGCCACCUAGCCGCCCCACAAUGACAUAUUUUUGAUUGAGUGAAAUAAGUAGUAUUUGGGAAAAUGCCAUUCUAUUUUUUCAUAAUAAUUCUUGGGUACAUGAGAUUCUACUAAUUACACAAGAAUCUAAUGUUUUUAGCUACAUAUUUCUUCCUGUGUGUAUAUAAAAGUGAAGACAAAUGGGCUCUUCAUUAAUUUAUUGUACAUUUUUGUUUUUGCUUAAUCUCUUAGGAAUUCAUUUCUCUAAGUAUAUGAGUAUACAUUCUUCCAGUCUGGGAUUUUUAGCCAGAAAAUUUUUCCUAUUUGAAACCAUAUUUUUAUAUUUUUUCAAGUACACAGAAUUGUUUUUAGAUUGCUUUACCUAUCUAUGAAACUUUUAGAUAAUGCCAUUUUUAUCUUCCUUUUAAAGCUUUAUACUCUCAAUAUAUACAUGUUCUAUUGUGGUAUUGGUAAGGAGAAAGGCCCAAGGGGACAGCUAGGUGGUGCAGUGGAUAAAGCACAGGAGGACCUGAGUACAAAUCCGGCCUCAGACACUUGACACUUGCUAGCUGUGUGACCCUAGGCAAGUCACCUAACCCUCAUUGCCC